AUGGGGGUUUUGCAUGAGUAUGAACUUGAUUCUGGUCAAAAUAUUAAUGUGGAUAAAAGUGCUUUUUAUAUGCAUAAGAAUGUACCUAGUGAAUUAAGUCAAGAGGUUAAGCAUACUACUGGUUUCACUAAGGGGGAGUUUCCUUUUACUUAUCUUGGAUGUCCAAUAUUUCAUGCAAGAAAGCAGAAGCUUUUCUACAAGGAGGUAAUGAAGAAGGUUAGGGAUAAACUACAUGCUUGGAAAGGAAAACUACUAUCUUUUGGUGGAAAAGCAGUACUAAUUAGUAGUGUUCUACAAAGCAUUCCCAUUUAUCUAUUAUCAGCAAUGGUUCCACCAAAGUGCAAUGACCCGUUUCAUCGUUACCGUGAAUUCCGAGAAAAUCCGCAACUUCAACUCUUUAAAAAUGUCUUCGAUUCAGUCAUACUUCUGAAAAUGGCUAACUUAAUCGAACCCGUCGUGCACAUUGCGUGA